GCAUAUGCAUUAACGGGAGGGACAUUUUGUGGUCUGGGCACGUUUUACGUGAGUGACGCAACCGAGAGGCGAUCCAAUUUUACCGGGUCAAAGCGUUUCACCAAAUGUCUUGUUGGGCAAGCAUACCAUUGACCUGUCUACCGUCAACAACUCGGGACGCAGCAUGAGCCAGUCUUCGCGGCCAGCAUCAGGCUAUGAUGUGUACGAAGACUUAUCGCUGGAUGACGACCCUAAGGCAGAGAUCAAGACGUCAUCCCAGCUCCCACCGACAGUGGCUUCUUCUUCUUCUUCGUCUCUGAUGAGAUCGCCCAGUUCGUAUACAGGCUCGUCAAGAUCAGCUAUGGAAGGUUUAGGCUCGCCAAACUCCAUAUCAUCCAGCUCAGGAGGUGCGAAAUCGAGUCCUUGGGAGAGAUUCGAAAGUCGAGUGAGGAAAGAUAGCAGUGGAACAGCUACGCCUCAAGACGUGUCUUCGCCUGCUGUUGACCAAAGUGGGUCAAGAUUCUCAACCCCUUCUCAUGUCAUGUCCACACCACCACCACACAUGGUUCAGAGAGACGAGCGUCCCGGUCCAAGUUCGAGACCGUCUCUGCUCUCACACCCUACGGGAUCGAGUAUGAGCGUCAUGACGGCCUUGGCGAAAGAUUUGGAGAAUGUCCCUUUGGUACUCGGCGUGGUCCUCGUUGAUUUCAACCACUUAAUCGGACCGACAGUCGAGUUCGCGUAUCCUCCCAGUCUACAGUCGGCUCUGACUGCAGACGACGAGCUCAAUAGGAUCCUCCCGUUCCUAGCACUACCAGAUGGAGCUCAUCUGACUGAAGAAGACUAUUCAUAUUUUCACUGCUCAUAUCGCCCACCGAACGGGACUGUAGCGGAGCAAACAGAUGUCCCGGUUGGGACAACCCUCUUUGGAAUCUCCUGCAAUAGACAACUACAAGCCAGCGAAUUGCUCGUCAGACCGAGCGACGUGACGAGAACAACGGUGCAGAAGGCUAUUGUGGUCAUAGCGUCCCAGCCAGUGUUUGGACCCAUUCGCGAUCGCCUUGGCGUCGUCACUCGAGCAUUCUUCGCUCAACGAGACUUUACCCAGACACAGAUCCUACAAGACUUUUACACCAGCCUAGAAUCUAGUCUGGAUGGAAAGAGUGGUGAAAGUGCGAUCUAUAUGGGAACGAGCCUCCGCGAACUGAUUCACAAAUUUCGCCAUCGAACACUUGUCCUGCUCAAAAUACUAAUGCUGCAGAAGAGGAUCAUGCUCUAUGGACACCCUGUGGAAAUGCUCUGCACGUACCAGUACUCGCUUGUCUCUCUCAUGCCUGGGCUGCUCAUGAAUUUGCGGGAUUGUGGUUCGGCCGAGCUCGAUGCAAAGACCACCCGAACUAGGCCAAACUCUCUGCGGACGAGCGAUCGAGCCAGCGUGCUCCGCUUCAUGGGCUUGCCGCUGCACUUAUUCGGCAAUGGGUGCUUCUUCCAGCCGUAUCUCCCGCUUCAGCAGAUGGAUGACCUAGCUGCUGAUUCCUGGCUGAUCGGAACGACGAAUCAGAUCGUCACGCAGUCCAGAGAGAAUCGCUAUGAUUUGCUUGUCAAUAUCGAGAAUAUGUCCUUUGAGUUCUCCGACCCAAAGAUGGAGCGUAUAGUCAACUUGACCCCGGCUGACCGGAAGUGGAUGGACGACGUAGUCAAAGCUGUGGAAGAGACAUGGGACCUGCCGGAAGGCGAACGAGCGUCAUUCCGAGGCAGUGACGACGAUCUGAGAUCAAGGUUUGAAGAAUACAUCAGCGGUGCCUUGUCAUCCUUGAAAUUUGCCGAAUUCAAAUUGAAAGGCAAGGCACAGGAUCUUUCGAUCGUCGGUGUAGCUGGCGAGGAAAAUCCCCUUCAACCAUUCUCAGAGUUGUGGCUCGAAGCAUUCCGUCAAACUCAGGCCUAUGAAGUAUGGAGUGGAUGCACAGAUCCGGUCCUCUUUGAUAUCUGCGAGCCUAGGCACCCAUGCGACGGCAGAGCGACGCUCAUCUCCGACUUUAGUCUCCGUCUAACGGAAGGAAUCCACGAUCUCAAAUUGGAUCAGCAGCUUGGGCCUACACGCGAAGUCUUGUCGUCAGCUUUCUCAGCAGGUUCGACCGCGCUGGCAGCCGGUUCAUCCACCUUUUGGAAGACUUUUGACGGUGUCAAGGCCGAUAUCAGCUCGAGAAUCGAAGCGGAAAAGCAGCGACGUGCGACGACCACGGCAGCAGCAGCGCAAGAUGGUCAAGGUGGACCUCUUUCGUCUGGUCCUUCAACCCCCGUCACGGGUAUCCGGGACUCGGCACAAUCCACCCCGAAUGCUCCCAUCAACGAUAUCAAAGCUACGUUAGGCGGUAUCGGAUCUAGUGUCGGAUCAUUCUUUGGUAAUCGAGUAGCGUCCUUUCGGAGUAGUGCGGCAAAGGACGAUGAGGAUCGGAGGAAAGGGUUGCGUCCAAUGAGUCUCAGUCCAUCGGCCAGUGCGGAUGCUAAGCGCAGGAGUGGAUAGACAGGGUUGUUCGUGCAUCUAGAGUAUAAAUGUAGCGCAGUGUCUCGUCGUCAGGGCUGAGGGUAGGGUGGUAACAUGCUACUUCGACCGCAGCGCGCAUUGCCGGUAU